CAGUGGCCCCAGUCUACUCUUUGCUUAGCUGCGUCAGUGUGCGUACGGGCAGGAAGACGGGAACGUCAAAUCUUCAUCUACAUUCAGAUUCCAGUCGAGAACUAAUUUGACACCAUGCAGAGUCAAGUACGUCAGAACUUCCACGUCAACAGCGAGGCGGGCGUCAACAAACAUGUCAACGUCCUGCUGAACUGUAGCUAUGUCUACCAAUCCAUGGCCUGGUACUUUCACCGGGAUGACGUGGCCCUGAAAGGAUUCUUCGAGUUCCUCAAGGAUGCCUCUUGCAAGAAGCGCGAGUUCGCCGACAAGCUGAUGGAGUACCAGAACAAGAGAGGUGGCCGCAUCGUGUUGCAGGACAUCCAGAGGCCGCGCCAGGAUGAGUGGGGAACGGGCCUGGACGUGAUGCAGUCUGCCCUGGCCCUGGAGAAGAGCGUCAACCAGGAGUUCCUUGACCUGCACAAGAUCGCCGACUCCAACACUGACCCACAGAUGAUGGACUUCCUGGAAAGUGAGUUUCUGGGAGAAGAGGUGGAGAUGAUCAAGAAGCUCUCCGAUCACGUGACCAACCUGAAGCGGGUUGGACCAGGUCUCGGAGAGUACCAGUUCGACCACGAGACCCUCAGUUAAUCUGGUUCUCGGCCUCCCGGUUACCAUGGUAACAGAUGCUAACGACCGACAACGCAUACCGCUUAUCUCCAGUACUUUCUUGUAAGAACCCAAAUCUUGUAACAGGCAGCCUGCAUACACGGGCAACUGACAUGAAUUCCAAAAUGAGAUGAAACAAUGUUUAUACGUGUCCUAUCUUUUAUAUAUUUUAUUUGUUGAAUUUUGUUAAUUUUCCUCAUUAUUAACGCCUGGAAAACAACAUCUGCAAUAAACUCAAGCAUGCAAA